CGAUGAAGCUGACGCAAGUUGCAUUUCCGCAGCUGAACGGACUCUGUCGGUCGUAGCUUCGUUUCGCUUCCAUCUUUUUUUUUCGAUACGUAAUUAUUCAUUCCCCCUCACCGGGAAGUCGUAGCACUCACGCUGACAUGGCGACGGAGGUAACGAAAGGUGUGGCGAAAGUAUCCGUCGGCGAGCUCUAUGUGUCGGACAAAUGUGGCAGCGACCCGGACGGGGACGGCACCGCGCAGAAACCCUUCAAAACCCCCCUCAAGGCUCUGUUGUUCGCUGGAAGCGAGCCGUUCCCGACCAUCUACGUGGAAUCUCAGAAGGAGGGAGAGCGCUGGGCGGUGAUCUCGAAGACGCAGAUGAAGAACGCAAAGAAAGCCUUUAACCGAGAGCAGGCCAAGACCGAUGGCAAGGAAAAGAAGGAGGCGGAGGACACCGAGAGGAGAGAGAAGAACCUAGAAGAAGCCAAGAAGAUCCACAUUGAGAAGGACACCAGCCUGCCUGAGCCUGAUACGGUUAAAAUCCAUCAUCUGGAGGCCAGAAGAGGCCAGAGGGUCAAAGUGUUGGGAUGGGUCCAUCGCCUCAGGAGACAAGGGAAGAACCUGAUGUUCAUCGUGCUGAGAGAUGGAAGUGGCUUCCUGCAGUGCGUCCUGUCUGAUAAACUGUGCCAGUGCUACAACGGCUUGGUGUUGUCCACAGAGAGCACCGUGGCUCUGUACGGGACCGUCACUCCGGUUCCUGAGGGCAAACAGGCGCCGGGAGGCCACGAGCUGCACUGUGACUUCUGGGAGCUGAUCGGCUUGGCUCCGGCAGGCGGCGCCGACAACCUGCUGAACGAGGAGUCUGACGUGGACGUCCAGCUGAACAACCGACACAUGCUGAUCCGAGGAGAGAACGUCUCCAAGGUCCUCCGGGUCCGAUCCGCCGUCACGCAGUGCUUCAGGGAGCACUUCUUCAGCCGCGGAUACUGCGAGAUCACUCCUCCCACCCUGGUGCAGACGCAGGUGGAGGGCGGCUCCACGCUCUUCAACCUCAACUACUUUGGCGAGCAGGCGUUCCUGACGCAGUCCUCUCAGCUCUACCUGGAGACCUGCAUCCCCGCUCUGGGAGACACCUUCUGCAUCGCCCAGUCGUACCGGGCCGAGCAGUCGCGCACCCGCAGACACCUGUCAGAGUACACUCACAUCGAGGCCGAGUGUCCCUUCAUGACGUUUGAGGACCUGCUGACCCGACUGGAGGAGCUGGUGUGUGACGUGGUGGACCGGGUGCUCAAAUCUCCCGCCGCACAGCUGCUCUACGACAUCAACCCCAACUUCAAACCCCCCAAGAGGCCGUUCAAGCGGAUGAACUACACCGAAGCCAUCGAGUGGCUCCGAGAGCACGACAUCAAGAAGGACGACGGCACCUUCUACGAGUUUGGAGAGGACAUCCCCGAGGGUCCAGAGAGGCUGAUGACCGACGCCAUCAACGAGACCAUCCUGCUCUGCCGCUUCCCAGUCGAGAUCAAAUCCUUCUACAUGCAGCGCUGUCCGGAGGACCGGCGCCUCACCGAGUCGGUGGAUGUGUUGAUGCCAAAUGUUGGCGAGAUCCUCGGGGGUUCGAUGCGUAUCUGGGACGCUGAGGAGCUGCUGGAGGGCUACAAGAGGGAGGAGAUCGACCCGACCCCGUACUACUGGUACACCGACCAGAGGAAGUACGGCACGUGUCCUCACGGCGGCUACGGUCUGGGCCUGGAGCGGUUCCUCACCUGGCUGCUGAACAGACAUCACAUCAGAGACGUCUGCCUGUACCCACGCUUCAUCCAGCGCUGCCGGCCCUGAGCGCGCGCGCACACACACACACACGCACACACACACUUUCUGUUGGUGCAUCUGCAUCUUGGCAUGUGGCCAUCAAACGUGUCGCUACAACUUUGAAUCAAAUCUAAAGGAUACUGUGUUCUUUUUUUCCCCAAUAACCCUCGUUGUGUUGAGUUCCGAUGGUGACGUCUCGCCGCGGGCCGUCCGCUCCGCCUGCGGGUCUCUGCCUUUACAGCUUCUUCCUCGUUGGUUCUGACUGGAAACCUGAAUGCGAUGAGCUUUGCCUCUGCUGGGUUUAGAUAACCGUCGUAGUCUCCUGUGGUUGUUGAGUAUAAACUCUUCUCCUGUGAGUGAGAUCUGUUCUCAUAGUUCCCCUCUGAGACCUUUCUGGUCGUAGAAAGAAUUCGGACUCCAUCGCCGCGCGUCGUCGCAUCAGACUUCUAACACAACGCUAGUCACAGGCAGCGAGGAAGAGGUCUGUGUGGUUCAGAGACGUGACCUCGGGGCUCCAUGUUCGUGUUUCAGAUAAACCUCGGCUCAAUGCUGUGCUCCAAUAAAUGUGAUUCCAACAGA